UAUACAAUCUCUCACACACACACACACACCGAUCUGCAAAAAAAUCCUUUAUCGGAUUAUCAUUAUACAGAAGAAUUUCAUAAUCAUAAGCAAAAUCAAAAGGGGGAAAAGGAAUAAUGGAGGUUAUCGAUCAUUCAUCAGUGGCUCGUACCCGCUUGGCGGUGCUCACCGCCCACCUCUCGUCUUCAUUCGAUCAAUUCGGCGCCGUUUCCAACGGAAUUCUCGAGUCUUCCAUCUGCUCCGCCGCCGUGGAACCGCCGCCUAAUCUGAAAGGAUCGCUGGUUGUGGUUGAUGAGCGUACCGGCAACAAGUACCGGGUUCCGGUCUCCGAGGAUGGCACUAUCAAAGCCACCGACCUCAAAAAGAUAACAACUGGAAAAAAUGACAAGGGGCUGAAGCUUUAUGAUCCAGGAUACCUAAACACUGCUCCGGUACGAUCGUCAAUUUGUUACAUUGAUGGUGAUGAAGGAAUUCUUAGGUACAGGGGUUAUCCGAUCGAGGAGCUUUCCGAGGGGAGUUCGUUUCUGGAAGUGGCUUAUCUUUUGAUGUAUGGGAAUUUACCGUCCGAAAGUCAGCUAGCAGAUUGGGAGUUUGCCGUUUCACAGCAUUCAGCUGUUCCACAGGGAAUAUUGGACAUAAUACAUGCGAUGCCCCAUGAUGCUCACCCGAUGGGUGUUCUUGUGAGUGCUAUGAGUGCUCUUUCCGUCUUUCAUCCUGACGCUAAUCCGGCUUUAAGAGGCCAAGAUAUUUACAAUUCUAAACAAGUGAGAGACAAGCAAAUUGUUCGUAUACUUGGGAAGGCACCGACAAUUGCUGCAGCCGCAUAUUUGAGAAUGGCAGGGAGGCCACCUGUUCUUCCAUCAAGCAACCUCUCUUACUCAGAGAACUUCUUAUAUAUGCUUGAUUCAUUGGGUAACAGGACAUACACACCAAAUCCACGUUUAGCUCGUGCGCUAGAUAUUCUGUUCAUAUUACAUGCUGAACAUGAAAUGAACUGCUCCACUGCAGCUGCAAGGCAUCUUGCUUCAAGUGGUGUUGAUGUGUAUACAGCGCUCUCUGGUGCAGUUGGAGCCUUAUAUGGUCCUCUUCAUGGUGGAGCUAACGAGGCAGUACUUAAGAUGUUGAGUGACAUUGGAAGCAUUGAUAAUAUACCAGAUUUCAUUGAAGGUGUAAAGAACAGGAAGCGUAAGAUGUCUGGUUUUGGGCAUCGUGUGUACAAGAACUAUGAUCCCCGAGCAAAGGUCAUCAAGAAACUGUCUGAGGAAGUAUUUUCAAUUGUCGGCAGGGAUCCGCUUAUUGAGGUGGCGAUAGCGUUAGAGAAAGCUGCCUUAUCAGAUGAGUACUUUGUGAAGAGGAAGUUGUAUCCUAAUGUUGACUUCUAUUCUGGAUUAAUUUAUAGGGCAAUGGGUUUCCCGACAGAGUUCUUUCCAGUUCUAUUUGCAAUUCCGAGAAUGGCUGGCUAUUUGUCUCACUGGAGAGAGUCUCUAGAUGAUCCCGACACAAAGAUUAUGAGACCAGCACAGGUAUACACGGGCGUAUGGCUAAGGCACUACAUGCCACUGAGAGAAAGGAUGGAUACAAGAGAAGAAGAUAAACUCGGCCAAGUCUCUGUCUCUAACGCUACUAAGAGGCGCUUGGCUGGAUCCGGUUCCUAGUCUCUCUCUCUUAAACAUCACGCGUUGAUGAAUAAGUUUAUGGAAUAAUACUGUUGGGAUUGUUUUUUCUAGUUUGGACACUGCAUCUUAGAUUGAUAUUUGUAAUAACAGCAUAAAAAAUUGUAAGAUUUUAUUUGUGCUACAGUUGAUAAUUGAGCAGUAAUAAUAAUAUAACAAUGAUGGUGAGUCCAUCCUUGUUGUUACUACUUAAAGGUUUC